AAAACAACAAUGGUUACUCUGGCUUAACUCCUACCAUGUCCUGGGAGUAUACAGCCAUGCUCAAACAGCUUGAGGAGGCAUAUUGAGUCUGCUCACACAUAAAUAGCACUGUUCCUCAUAUUGAGGACGUCUGAAUUUGCCAGGAUUGGUGAUUAUGUACUUCCUCAAUCAAUUCCAAGCUAAGCACUAGUAUUGGAAACGAUAGUAAGCAAGAUAUGAAUGGAUCAUCUUGAUGUUCAAAAUCAGGUACAAAAUCUAAGAUUCAUAAAAAGAAUAUUACACAUCAACUUGGUCAAGAAGAAGUCGAACAAUCAGAAAAUAUUGAUGACAACUCUCAGGAUAUCAAAAGGAGGAAAUCACGCUCCUCUAAGCUAGACAUAAAGCCAAGUCUUAUUAGAGUGCGCAGAAAGAUUCUCAGCAGCGGAAUCACCGCUUUCUUCAGUUCACCAAAAAAGACUAGAGGGACUGCAGAUGUCACACUUGGGAGAAGAUCUAGAUACAUCGGUGUUUCUAAGAACAACUCUCAUUGGCAAGCAAUGAUCAACUCAAGAAGAGACAAAAAAUACAUCGGGACCUACCUCACCGAACUAGAGGCCGCCAGAAUCUACGACAUCUACUCUAUUGCCAUGCAAGGAAUCAAAGCUCCCCUAAACUUCAACUACUCCACUGCUGAAAUGCUCACAAUAAUCGACAACUUCCUCCACCCACAACAAUAAAUCCCUAAUUUCAUCUAAAUUCCGUCUUCACCCAACCUCACCAACGUUCUUAGCUUAGCCAUGUUUGUUAGCUGGCGGGU